CGAAAGAAUAAGUUUAGUUUAGAUGUGGUUUGCAACCCAUGUACCAUUUGCUGAUCAGCAACUAUCGGCAAGAGUCACACUGAUAUAAUAUUCAAAUUCAUAUUAACACUCAAAUGCUAUAAAACCGAAAUCAGACAAUCAUUAGGCGGCAUCAAAACCUUAAAACCAGUAUCGUGAUUUUCAGCACCUCUUUGUUUCCAGCGGCACAGCUUCUCAGUAUUUUGCAGUUAUGGGAGCACUGAAGUCUCGACCAGUCAAGGCCGAUUCUCCUACUUUUAGUCAGGAAUGGAGGAAAAUUCCCUGGGGUGACAAAGAGAAAUAUCUGAAAACUGUGAAGGAGUAUUAUCCUCAAAAAGAUGAACUCAAAGCACUCAGAAUCCUGCUUCAUGGACCAGCUGGUUCUGGAAAGUCCAGUUUCAUCAACUCUGUUGACAGUGUUUUAAAAGGCAGAAUGGCAGGUCGAGCUUUGGCAGAUGCAAUCUCUCAGGACAGCUUCACCAUUAAGUACGGAACCUACAAAAUCAGCAAAGGAGGGCCAGGCACCUUUUACCCUUUUGUUUUCACUGACAUCAUGGGCCUUGAGAAGGGCUCAAGCAGAGGGGUUGGAGUGGACGACAUCAAACUGGCCAUGGAGGGACACGUAAAGGAGGGUUACAAAUUCUCUCCUGGUGCCCCAUUAUCUGAGAAAGAAGAAGGCUACAAUAAAGACCCCAGGGUAAAUGACAGAGUUCAUGUUCUGGUUUGUGUGAUUUCUGCCACCACCUUAAAUAUACUGCCUGUUGAAACUGCCAGAAAGAUGAGGGAUGUCAGGAUUGCAGCCAGCAACAUGGGGAUUCCCCAGCUGGCUCUUCUCACCAAAAUUGAUGAAGCCUGCACUGAGGUCAACAGCAAUUUAAAGAAUGUGUAUAAGAGCAAGUACGUGAAGCAACUGAUGGAGAGACUGAAUGUGUUGCUGGGCAUUCCAAUGAACUGCAUCUUUCCUGUGAAGAACUACCACGAAGAAAUCGACACUGACGAUGACAUUGAUACACUGAUUCUGUGUGCACUGACACAUAUGAUUCACUAUGGAGAAGACUUUCUCAACAAUCAGUAGAGCUACAUACUGCUGAGGCAAAUCUUGUUUAUCACUGCAUGAAAAAAGUCUAUUUCAUUUCAUGAUUUGGAACAAACUUUUGAUGUCUGCAAAUGUGACAACGGCAGGAAAUAGCUUUUUGGUUUUGGUUUUCAUUUGCAAGCAUGUCACACAGCCUAUAUAGUACUUACUGCAAGUUAUCUUAAUACUUAAUUCAGUAUCUUAAAUACUUAUAUUAUUUAAUACUUUGCUUAAUUAAUUAUGGAUAGGCCGUGCAAUAGCCUGAUGCAAUUAAAACCUAGAUAUGCAUCAAGCAGGCUCGCAUCACUCCUACAGUACAUUUUGAGUUUUUGCAUUAUUGUGUAUAAAGUGUUGUAGUUUCCCAGUGAUGAUGAUCAGCAGGUCAAAAGGCAUCUAAAUGUCUAGGUUAAUAACAAGGACAAAAUUUGAAAAGUGAAACAUAUGUUACAUAGCUGUUGUUUCAAAAGAGUUUUAUUUAUUUUUUAUUUCAAUGUGUAGUUUGGACUUGGAAUAUAUUGAAAGAUUUUGCUACUGUGUUGCUGUUAAGGUAAAACCAUAUAAAAUAAAUAAUAAAAUUUG